CACGCUCAUGCCGAUUUGGCAUGCCACCUCGCCGUCCGUUUUGGCCAAAAUUUCACGGGCGUCACUUCCAUCAGUCCAUUCUUGGAGUUCCACCUUCCCCCAUAUUUCAACAUCACUCGCCCAGGACCAUCUCGACUUCCGUCUCUUGUCCCUCCCCUCCUCAUCCUCCCCAAUGUCCUGCCGUUAGCCAUAUUCGCCCUCUUCCCCUUGCGUUUGUUUGCAGCCUCACUUCUGAGUGGUUACACCACUCUUUCAGUCGUUAUCCUUUGCUUGUCGUUGUUGUACACACAAACGUUCGAUUCCCGUGCUCAUCAUGGCAGUGUCCUGGUGGCCUUCCUUCGAGCCAAGCACGUGGUUUCGAAUGUUCAUCGUCUACUUUUUGUGGCGAUAUGUCCGCCUGGUGGUCAACCUAUGGGCCUUCUGGACCUUCAAGCCAAUCCCCAUACCAGACAACCCCACGCUCUUCCCCAAAGAUGUCACCGUCAUUCUACCAACUCUUGACGGAGAAGGAGAUGAAUUGGAACGUACCAUCGCCUCCAUCCUCGCCAACGAGCCUAAGGAGAUUAUUCUUGUGACCAUCGAUGAGAACCUCCCCAAGGCCAAAAGAACCAUGUCCAGGAUGCCGGCGGCUCGAUACGGCCGAAUUCGGUGCAUGUCAGUCAAACAAGCCAACAAAAGACGCCAGAUGGCCAGAGCUAUACCCGAAGUUACUACUAAGAUCAUUGUCUUUGCCGAUGAUGAUGUGACCUGGCCUAUUGAGACGCUGAAAUGGAUCUUGGCCCCGUUCGAAGACGACAAAUACGGCGGCGUUGUGACAUGCCAACGACUGAGAAGGGCUGAAAACCCCACAUUUACGCAACGCAUUUACGGGUUUCUGGGUGCCUUGUAUCUGGAACGUCGAAACUUUGACUGCGCUGCCACCACCCACUUGGAUGGUGGGGUUCCAUGCCUCUCCGGCCGAACAUGUGCCUACCGAACCAGCAUUCUACAAGACGUCCAGUUCACCAAUGGCUUCACAAAUGAGCGUUGGUGGUUUGGACAGUAUCAACUCAAUGCCGACGAUGAUAACUUUCUCACCCGGUGGAUGGUCUCUCACGGUCACUCUACAUACAUUCAGUAUCAUCCCAAAUGCGAAGUCCAGACCACCUUGGAGGACAACCCGAAAUUUCUGUUGCAGUGCCUGCGAUGGGCACGCAGCAACUGGCGCAGCAACAUGACGAGCUUGUGGACUGAACGCUACAUCUGGUAUCGUCAACCUUGGAGCACCUACGCCGUUCACCUAACAACACCUGCACCUCCCGCCCUCGUCGGAGACGCCUUGUUAUGGCUAUUUCUCUACCAAGGUGUUACGGAGUGGCCAACGGACGAUGCCAACAAAAUAAUGUACGCUUUCGCCCUUUGGAUGACCUUUUCCAAGUUCAUCAAAUUAGUUCCUCAUUUCGCCCGGUAUCCAGUCGACGGUUUUUUGUGGCCGGUUUCGGUCCUUUUCGGCUGGUUCCAUGGUGGAAUCAAGUACUAUGCUGUGGUCACGCUGAGCGAGACCACCUGGGGCAGCAGAGCCAACGCUGAUGCAAGCGACUCUGGCAGAAUGAUCAAGCAGAAAAAGUCACCAGGAGCUCACAUGCCCACUAACGAAAAGUUGAACGAGAAACACUUGCUUCAUGAUGACACUAAGUUUUACGCUUAUGACUUGAAACGAUCUCAAGCGCUACCUGCAUAGGGCUUUGAUAGCAGAACUCGAACCUCCACACCCAUCUCAAGGUCGCUUCAGUUGCUCGCCACUUGCCCGUUGGUAGUUUGCUGUCAAGAUUUAAUCUUCCGCCCUUCGAGAGAACAUCCCAGCCAAACCCAAAAUAUACCGGCAGCUCUCGAACACGGAUACAAACAGGUCACCUGUGAAUAAUUGGGAGGCAGUUUUGCUUUGUCAAGGCUCUUGCGAGCUCGAGAUUUAGCAUCUCACACGCUCCAGGAAGCCAUCGAGCCUCGUCGACAUUUUUGCUCGUUUAGAGACAGAUCGUCUUUGUCCACAUGGACACUUUCGCCGUUUUAUUGCUGGCGUUUCAAUUCACACGGGAGGACUUUUCUUUUCUUAUCGCAACAUGCAUUGCAAAAGCGGAGCUUGGAUGAAUUUGCACAUAGCGAGCGAGGGCUUACCGGAUCUACUACGAUUAUGAGACGAUGAUACGAUGAGGCUUGCGCGAGCGUUUUUUUCUCAGUAGAAACCAGGGUCUGGAGGAAACGGGUUUCUUUUAUGACGUUGGGAUUGAUGACGUGGGAACUUUAUGGGCUAGAGAAAGAAGCUGAAGACACUGCGCCGACUCUCCUCUUGACUGGAGACAUGGCGGGUCGAUCAACUUACUAGCUUCCUCGUACAGAGCGGUAUUUGAGAGAUGGGAGGGAGGGAUACUCGACUGAACCAGGCACAGACGUCUCCUCUCUUUUGCAUGGCUUAAAAUGGGAAGGGAAACGACGUUCAAACACUGGGCGGUGGACUGAUAUGGAUCUUCAAAAACAAAAGAAUGUUACUGCUUUUCUCUCCAA